AUGCCAAAGAUCGCUGUGGUGAAGUGUUACACAGGAUCCAUCGUUUCACAAGGAUCUUGUGUUGUCGUAAUGAAAGCAGUCGAAGUCUUGGGGCCCAAAGCGGUAUUCAGUGUGGGUUGCUGUGGUGUCUUAGACCUCGCAAAAGUAAAACUUGGGGACGUGGUAGUGUCAGUGAAACUGAUAUCAUAUUCCUCCUCCAAAGUCACGGACGAAGGCAUUACAGAACGUGGUGUAAGAGUUCCAUUGAAAGCCAAUAUUUCAAGACUGAUGUUAUGUGCUGCCCAUGGUUGGAAAGCCCCACUGAAGAAUCCAAAAGAAUUUGAGGUCGAGAUGCACCAAGGAGUGUUUCUGAGUGGCCCAGAAAGUGUUGAUAGCAGUGCGCGGCGUGAGGCACUAAACCAACGCUUCUCAGAAGCCGAUGUUAUUGAAAUGGAGGGCGAA